UCUCGCUUUUCUUUAUUUCUUUAUAUUUGUUUUGCAAUUGUACCCAACGCGAGAGCUUUCGGACACACGCCGUAUUACUUCUAGCAGACAGGGCUUUGGUCGGCGACAAACACCACAGUCUCUCAACAAUGACGAUUUCAAAAAACUCCAAAAUGAUGGGUAUUUUGAACCACCGGCUGAGGCUGACGCUCCUCGACACGCGCGUCAUGACUGGCCAGAUGCUUGCCUUUGAUAAGCACAUGAACUUGGUGCUGGCUGACUGCGAGGAGUUCCGCACCAUCAAGGCGAAGGGCCCGGACGCAAAGCCAAAGACACAACAGAUCAAACGCGCCCUGGGCCUGGUCAUUCUGCGCGGCGAGAUCGUCAUUAGCAUAAGCGUUGACGGGCCGCCGCCAGCGUCGGCUGCAGGGCUCCGCCAGACAAGAGGUGCUGGGCUGGCCGCUGGCCCCGGCGUAGGCCGCCCAGCCGGCCGUGGCAUUCCGCCGCCGCGGCCAGGCGCUGCCCCGGCUGGCCUGGCAGGCCCUGUGCGCGGCGUCGGCGGCCCCUCCGCGGCCAUGAUGCAGCCACGCGCCGCCAUCGCAGCUGGGCCCGUCUCGUUUGCGCGUCCGCCGAUGCCCGGAAUGCCCGGAAUGCCGCCGCCAGGCUUCCGCCCGCCCCCCCACGGCAUGGCGCCUCCGCCGGGCUUCCGACCUCCGCCACCAGGCAUGAUGGGCGCCCCUCCCGGCUACCCAGCCCAGCCGCCGCCAGGCUUCCGCCCGCCGCACCCAGGCGCUCGCCCACCGCCCGGCUUCUAGAGACUCGGGCAGCGCUGGCUCAGCCGUGUGGAUCGGUAGUUUUAAUUGUUUCUGUCAAUUCGUGUUUAAACAUCGCAUUUGGUUUUGCAAAGGC